CCUUGUUCUCGCCGGGGCCGCUCAGACCUGCAGCGGAGCCGCGGCGCCCGCUCCAAUCGGCUCGGGGCUGCGCCCCCGGGACCCGGCGACGGGGGCGGACGGGGGCGCUUCCCGCCGGCCUGGGCCCCUCGGCAGUGCCAGGUGUGGAUCCAUGGGGUAGCCUCAACGCAUCUGCCCCUCCACCCCAGCCAGCUCAUGGGCCACGUGGCCUGGCCCAGCCUCAGCACCCAGGGCCAGUGAACAGAGCCCUGGCUGGAGUCCAAACAUGUGGGGCCUGGUGAGGCUCCUGCUGGCCUGGCUGGGUGGCUGGGGCUGCAUGGGGCGUCUGGCAGCCCCAGCCCGGGCCUGGGCAGGGUCCCGGGGACACCCAGGGCCUGCUCUGCUGCGGACUCGAAGGAGCUGGGUCUGGAACCAGUUCUUUGUCAUUGAGGAAUAUGCUGGUCCAGAGCCUGUUCUCAUUGGCAAGCUGCACUCGGAUGUUGACCGGGGAGAGGGCCGCACCAAGUACCUGUUGACCGGGGAGGGGGCAGGCACCGUAUUUGUGAUUGAUGAGGCCACAGGCAAUAUUCAUGUUACCAAGAGCCUUGACCGGGAGGAAAAGGCGCAAUAUGUGCUACUGGCCCAAGCCGUGGACCGAGCCUCCAACCGGCCCCUGGAGCCCCCAUCAGAGUUCAUCAUCAAAGUGCAAGACAUCAACGACAAUCCACCCAUUUUUCCCCUUGGGCCCUACCAUGCCACCGUGCCCGAGAUGUCCAACGUCGGGACAUCAGUGAUCCAGGUGACUGCUCACGAUGCUGAUGACCCCAGCUAUGGGAACAGUGCCAAGCUGGUGUACACUGUUCUGGAUGGACUGCCUUUCUUCUCUGUGGACCCCCAGACUGGAGUGGUGCGUACAGCCAUCCCCAACAUGGACCGGGAGACACAGGAGGAGUUCUUGGUGGUGAUCCAGGCCAAGGACAUGGGCGGCCACAUGGGGGGGCUGUCAGGCAGCACUACGGUGACUGUCACGCUCAGCGAUGUCAACGACAACCCCCCCAAGUUCCCACAGAGCCUAUACCAGUUCUCCGUGGUGGAGACAGCUGGACCUGGCACGCUGGUGGGCCGGCUCCGGGCCCAGGACCCAGACGUGGGGGACAACGCCCUGAUGGCAUACAGCAUCCUGGAUGGGGAGGGGUCUGAGGCCUUCAGCAUCAGCACAGACUCCCAGGGUCGAGACGGGCUCCUCACUGUCCGCAAGCCCCUAGACUUCGAGAGCCGGCGCUCCUACUCCUUCCGUGUCGAGGCCACCAACACGCUCAUUGACCCAGCCUAUCUGCGGCGAGGGCCCUUCAAGGAUGUGGCCUCUGUGCGUGUGGCAGUGCAAGAUGCCCCAGAGCCACCUGCCUUCACCCAGGCUGCCUACCACCUGACAGUGCCUGAGAACAAGGCCCCGGGGACCCUGGUAGGCCAGAUCUCAGCGGCUGACCUGGACUCCCCUGCCAGCCCAAUCAGAUACUCCAUCCUCCCCCACUCAGAUCCGGAGCGUUGCUUCUCUAUCCAGCCCGAGGAAGGCACCAUCCAUACAGCAGCACCCCUGGAUCGCGAGGCUCGCGUCUGGCACAACCUCACUGUGCUGGCUACAGAGCUCGACAGUUCUGCACAGGCCUCGCGCGUGCAAGUGGCCAUCCAGACCCUGGAUGAGAAUGACAAUGCUCCCCAGCUGGCUGAGCCCUACGAUACUUUUGUGUGUGACUCUGCAGCUCCUGGCCAGCUGAUUCAGGUCAUCCAGGCCCUGGACAGAGAUGAAGUUGGCAACAGUAGCCAUGUCUCCUUUCAAGGUCCUCUGGGCCCUGAUGCCAACUUUACUGUCCGGGACAACCGAGAUGGCUCCGCCAGCCUGCUGCUGCCCUCCCGCCCUGCUCCACCCCGCCAUGCCCCCUACUUGGUUCCCAUAGAACUGUGGGACUGGGGGCAGCCGGCGCUGAGCAGCACUGCCACAGUGACUGUUAGUGUGUGCCGCUGCCAGCCUGACGGCUCUGUGGCAUCCUGCUGGCCUGAGGCUCACCUCUCAGCUGCUGGGCUCAGCACCGGCGCCCUGCUUGCCAUCAUCACCUGUGUGGGUGCCCUGCUUGCCCUGGUGGUGCUCUUCGCGGCCCUGCGGCGGCAGAAGCGAGAAGCACUGAUGGUACUGGAGGAGGACGACGUCCGAGAGAACAUCAUCACCUACGACGACGAGGGCGGCGGCGAGGAGGACACCGAGGCCUUCGACAUCACGGCCUUGCAGAACCCGGACGGGGCGGCCCCCCCGGCGCCCGGCCCUCCCGCGCGCCGAGACGUGCUGCCCCGGGCCCGGGUGUCUCGCCAGCCCAGACCCCCCGGCCCCGCCGACGUGGCGCAGCUCCUGGCGCUGCGGCUCCGCGAGGCGGACGAGGACCCCGGCGUACCCCCGUACGACUCGGUGCAGGUGUACGGCUACGAGGGCCGGGGCUCCUCUUGCGGCUCCCUCAGCUCCCUGGGCUCCGGCAGCGAAGCCGGCGGCGCCCCCGGCCCCGCGGAGCCGCUGGACGACUGGGGUCCGCUCUUCCGCACCCUGGCCGAGCUGUAUGGGGCCAAGGAGCCCCCGGCCCCCUGAGCGCCCGGGCUGGCCCGGCCCACCGCGGAGGGGGGCAGCGGGCACAGGCCCUCUGAGUGAGCCCCACGGGGUCCAGGCGGGCGGCAGCAGCCCAGGGGCCCCAGGCCUCCUCCCUGUCCUUGUG